GGGAGGGGAGGGGCGGGACGCGGAGUGGUGUCUAAGCAUGUGAAAUACUCUUCUCAAUCCGACGACCAUCGAAGCCCUAGCCAUCAUCAUGUUCUUGCCUGCUGCUCCUCCGCUACCUCUUCGUCUCUUCUUCUGCUGCCUUGUUGUUAAUCUUUUCAUUCAAACUUUAUCAGUUGCUGCUGCCGUUGAAGGCGAUACGUUGACCGUCAAUCCACCACCUUCCUUCAGCUUCGAGAACCCGAGGCUUCGCAAUGCCUACAUUGCACUCCAGACAUGGAAGUCCUCCAUGUUCUCCGACCCUUUCAACUUCACCGACAACUGGUUCGGCCCCAACGUUUGCUCCUACUCCGGUGUCUACUGCUCCUACUCCCCAUUCAACUCUUCCAUGCGAGUGGUGGCCGGUAUUGAUCUCAAUCAUGCCGACAUUGCAGGUUUCCUCCCACCUGAGCUAGGCCUCCUCACGGAUCUUGCCCUCUUUCACCUCAACUCCAACCGCUUCUGUGGCUCCGUCCCCAACACUUUCCGCCGUAUGAAACUGCUCUACGAGCUGGACCUCAGCAACAAUCGCUUCGUGGGGCGCUUCCCUCACGUGGUGCUGUCCCUGCCCACCCUCAAGUACCUGGAUCUUCGCUUCAACGAGUUUGAGGGAUCCAUUCCUUCCCAGCUCUUCGACAAGGACCUUGAUGCACUCUUCAUCAACGACAACCGGUUCCGCUUAGGCAUUCCUCAGAAUCUGGGCAACUCUCCCGUCUCGGUACUGGUCAUGGCCAACAACGAUAUGGGUGGUUGCAUCCCAGCCAGCAUUGGGAAGAUGGGUCCCACCCUUAACGAGAUCGUCCUCAUCAAUGACAACCUCACUGGCUGUCUCCCACCACAGAUCGGCCAGCUCACCCAACUCACCGUCUUCGACGUCAGCUUCAACCAUCUCCAGGGCUCCCUCCCUGCAGUGAUUGGCCAGAUGAAGCUUCUGGAGCAGCUAGACGUGGCGCAUAACAGGUUCACGGGAGUUAUUCCGGCGUCGGUGUGCCAGCUACCGAGGUUGAAAAACUUCACCUAUUCCUAUAACUACUUCACGGGAGAGGCACCGGCGUGUGCGGCUUUGGUUUCGGGUGGAGGAGAAGUGGUGGAGGUGAACGGUCGCAAGAACUGCAUUUCUGGAAAGUCUGAUCAACGGACUCCCAAUGAGUGUUCCUCCAUUGCUGCUCGCCCAGUAGACUGCAGCAAGACCAAAUGCAGAAGAUCAGGGAGACCUGUACCAUCACCACCAACGCCGCCAACUCGAGGUGUGUCACCAAGACCAUUUGUGAAGCCUUCUCCGCCACCUCCAUCUUUCAAAAUAUCGCCAUCUACGAGAUCUCACACUCCUCCCCCGCCUUCUUUUGAAAUUUCGCCAUCUACGAGAGCUCACUCUCCACCACCUUCUUUUGAAACUUCGCCGUCCACAAGAUCUCACACUCCUCCCCCUCAUUCUUUUCAAAUUUCACCAUCCACGAGAUCUCAUACUCCUCCCCCGCCAUCAUCAGGUUCAUCGUCGCAAGAUAGACUGCCACCACCCACGCAGUCCUCCAAUUCCACGCCAUCACCUCCACCUCCACCUCCACCUCCGCCGCCACCACCACCCCAUUCUCCACCUCCUCCAACUUACUGGACCCCUGAAGCUUCACCUCCGCCCCCGCCACCACCUCACCAUUUGCCUCCAUCUCCAAUGUACGGGACUCCCAAAGCUUCACCAUCUCCUCCUCCUCCGCCUCCGCCUCCGCCUCCGCCUACAAUGUAUUACACUCCAGAAGCAUCACCACCACCCCCUCCAGCUUACUGGAUCCCCAAAUCAUCACCUCCUCCACCACCACCUCCAACUUAUACUAUCCGCACCCCUGAAGCAUCUCCCCAGCCAGCACCAGCACCAGCACCAGCACCAGCACCAGCACCUCGUUCCCCUUGUCCUCCAAGUUAUUUGAUCCCUGAAGCAUCACCCUUGCCACCAACAUCCCUUCCAAUUUAUUUGAUCCCUGAAGUAUCACCCUUGCCACCACCACCACCACCACUACCACCAUCCCCUCCAGCUUACUGGGUCCCUAAAUCAUCACCUCCCCCACCACCACCUCCAACUUAUAGUAUCCACACCCCUGAAGCAUCACCCCAACCAGCACCAGCACCAGAACCACCACGUUCCCCGUGUCCUCCAACUUAUUUAAUCCCAGAAGCAUCACCCUUGCCACCAACAUCCCCGCUUCCUCCAAUUAAUUUGAGCCCUGAAACAUCACCAUUGCCACCACCAUCCCCUUCAAAUAACUACCAUUAUCCACCGUUGUUGCCGCCACCUCCAACUUAUUUGAUCCCUGAAGCAUCACCGUUGCCACCACCGACCCAUUCAAAUUACAAUGUACCUCCAGGGCCUAAGGAAUCAUCUCCACCAACACCUGCUACUUAUUUUUACACAUCACCCCCACCUCCAAAUCACGCAUCAUCGCCGCCGCCGCCGCCACCACCACCACCUCCUGCACCUGCUACUUAUUUUUACACAUCACCCCCACCUCCAAAUCACAAAUCACCGCCACCACAACCACUGCCACCUCCAUCACCACAACCGCCACCUCCUGCUACUUAUUUUUACAUAUCACCGCCACCUCCAAAUCACGCAUCGCCUCCGCCACCUCCUACAUAUCUGUACACAUCACCACCCCCUCCACAUGUUGAGACUUCACCACCUACGCAUAACGUAAAAUCUUCCUCUCCGCCGCCACCAGAAAAGUUAUGCACACCCACAAUGGGUGGUCCACCGCCAGAAUCUAGGACGUCUCCUGUGAAUCAAUCACUAUCACCUCCUCCUCCUCCUCCUCCUACACCACAAUGGUAUCAGCCAACACCGUCAAAUCCUCAGACGCCUCCGCCAUCAAUUAGCUACUGGUAUUCAUCACCACCACCGCCAUCUACAUGACCACCACGAAGCCACUGCCGCCGAUCAUAGGAGUAUCGAACGCAUCUCCACCUCCCCCACCAAUUCCUCUUUAUUAUUGAUUGGGAUUUUACAGCUGUCCAUCCAAACAACUACUGUAAUUUUUCAGUUUUUUUUGUUUUUUUGUUUUUUUU